GAAAUGUAGUGCUGUAAGCCGUCCUGCACGUGACGCUUGUAGAGGGAGGUGCGAGAGCACUGCCUGGGACUGGACAGGGUCCGGAACCCAGCUUCUCAGGCGAGGGGUGGAAUGCCUCACUUCAGCUUGCAGAGGGCCCGCGGCCACAGGGGUUAAACCAGCGCCUUCCGGGCCUCCCCGCUACGCACCCCGCCAGCCAUGGGCAGCCGAGAUCACCUGUUCAAAGUGCUGGUGGUGGGGGACGCCGCCGUGGGCAAGACGUCGCUGGUGCAGCGGUAUUCCCAGGACAGCUUUAGCAAACACUACAAGUCCACGGUGGGAGUGGAUUUCGCUCUGAAGGUUCUCCAGUGGUCUGAUUCAGAGAUGGUGCGCCUCCAGCUGUGGGAUAUUGCAGGGCAGGAACGCUUCACCUCUAUGACCCGACUCUACUACCGAGAUGCCUCUGCCUGUGUCAUUAUGUUUGACGUUACCAACGCCACUACGUUCAGCAACAGCCAGCGGUGGAAACAGGAUCUGGACAGCAAGCUCACACUGCCCAGUGGAGAGCCCGUGCCCUGCCUCCUCUUGGCCAACAAGUGUGAUCUGUCCCCUUGGGCAGUGAGCCGGGACCAGAUUGACCGGUUCAGUAAAGAGAACGGUUUCGCAGGCUGGACAGAAACAUCAGUUAAGGAGAACAAAAAUAUCAAUGAAGCCAUGAGAGUCCUUGUUGAAAAGAUGAUGAGCAAUUGCAGAGAAGAUGUCAUAUCUUUGUCCACCCAAGGAAACUACAUAAAUCUGCAGGCCAAGUCCUCCUCCAGCUGGUCCUGCUGCUAGUAGCCUUUGGCUUGUUUUCCAUCCCUGUUCUAGGAGGUCUUUCCAUCUCUCACCAAGCAAUUUCAUUAAGAACAUUUGAACUGGGGCUGAGGAUUUAGCUCGGUGGUUCUGCCACCUGCCUCGCAAGUGCAAGGUCCUGAGUUCAAUUCCCUGUACAAAAAAAAAAAAGAACAUUUGAACUGUUUCCUGCCUGCUGUCCUGUCCGGUGAGGGGGUCCAUUGUGACUUAGACAGCUGGGCAUUCCUGCAUCUCCUGGCUGUUGGCUCUGACUUGUUACCGCCUCCUGUGGCCCAGUUAAUGCCUUUAUAUAAGAAAGAGCAUCUCAUCCUUAUUUGUGAUCUAGAAUUUCUUGGGAAGGAUUAGAAUUCAGCAUCUGUUUUAAAAAUUGUAAUUCUCACCUACUUGUAAGCUUACUUUUGCAUUUGAUGUAUGAUAAUAUGACUUCAGGAAAAUGAGAUCAGAUGUCUUUUUCCAAAAUCCUCACAGGCCAGUGCUUUCAGACUCUUUCCAUUGUGGACUUGGAAAUUAAACAUGAUUCUGGGAUGCAGAAAUAGAAGGGACAUCUGUGGGCUUUGGGUUACUGCUGGUAAACCAGUAGUCAUUGCAUUUAGUCACAUUUGGAACUUUUAGUCAUGAUAAACUUUUUCUUGUUUUGACUUCAAGAAUUGUCAAGUUUUUAAACUA